AGAGAUAGGAGGUCUCAAUGCCAUGGGCAGGGGCAAGUCAGUCUGUAGGGCGUGGGAAGGCCUGGGGAAGACCGGUGAGAAGGGUAGAAGAGGGGGGUGUGGGAUGGGGAGGAGAGAGUGGGAAGGCCCUGGGCAGACCCUGACAGAAGGGGCACAGGGCAGGGUGUGGGUUCCCUGCUGGCAGGGCCAGGUGAGCUAUGGUGCCCCAGCUGCCCCUGCUGUUGCUUUUGCUGCUGGCCCCACAGGGCAGGCCCAGCUGCCACGGGCCGGAGCUGGAUCGGGAGCUAGUCCUGGCCAAGGUGAGGGCCCUGUUCCUGGAUGCCUUGGGGCCCCCGGCAGUGACCAGGCAAGGUGGGGAUCCUGGAGUCAGGCGUCUACCCCGAAGACAUGCCCUAGGGGGCUUCAUUCGCAGGGGCUCUGAGCCCGAGGAGGAGGAUGUCUCCCAGGCCAUCCUUUUCCCUGCCACAGGUGCCAGCUGUGAGAAUGAGCCAGCUGCUGGGAAGCUGGCCGGGGAGGAUGUAGAGGGACUCUUCACAUAUGUGUUCCGGCCGUCCCAGCAUACACGCAGCCGCCAGGUGACUUCGGCUCAGAUGUGGUUCUACACAGGGCUGGACAGGCGUGGCACAGCAGCCUCCAAUAGCUCUGGGCCCCUGCUAGGCCUGCUGGCACUAUCAUCUGGGGGCCCCAUGACUGUGCCCAUGUCCUUGGGCCAGGCUCCCCCCCGCUGGGCUGUGCUGCACCUGGAUGCCUCUGCCCUCCGUCUGCUCACACAUCCUGUCCUAGUGCUGCUGCUGCGCUGCCCUCUCUGUUCCUGCUCAGCACGGCCUGAGGCUACACCCUUCCUAGUGGCCCAUACAAGGGCCAGACCACCCAGCAGCAGUGGAGGGGAGAGAGCCCGCCGCUCAACUCCCCCGAUUCCCUGGCCUUGGUCUCCUGCUGCUCUGCGCCUAUUGCAGAGGCCUCCAGAGGAACUGGCUGCCCAUGUUAACUGCCACAGAGCAGCACUCAACAUCUCCUUCCAGGAGCUGGGCUGGGAUCGGUGGAUCGUGCACCCUCCCAGUUUUAUCUUCCACUACUGUCACGGUGACUGUGGGCUGCCCACCCCACCAGACCUGUCCCUGCCUGUCUCUGGGGCUCCCCCUACCCCUGUUCAGCCCCUUUCCUUGGUGCCAGGGGCCCAGCCCUGCUGUGCUGCUCUCCCAGGGACCAUGAGGCCCCUGCGUGUCCGCACCACCUCAGAUGGAGGUUAUUCUUUCAAAUAUGAGACUGUGCCUAACCUUCUCACACAACACUGUGCUUGUAUCUAAAGGGUUCUGUUUUCUUAUCCCAUGACUGGUGACCAAGCCCCCACCAUCAUCAGUUGGGAGGAAGAACAAAGCUUGGAAAAUAGAUGGUUCUCACUUACUGCCCUUUCCUUCUACUUUUCUGCCUGAGGGCUCCCUCCCCAUCUCACCCUGUCCCA